AUGGGCUCUAUCCAGAAUAAUGACUGCGAGCCCGUGGGCACAUACCCACAGACCGGCAUCGAUGUCCUCAUCAUAGGCACAGGACUGGCUGGAUUGACGGCUUCUAUCGAGUGCAUUCGCAAGGGACAUACUGUGCGCGUCCUCGAGCGAAACGCAGACAUCAACACUGCAGGUGACAUGUACUUCAUGGGCCACAGCGCUACGAAGUUCUUCCGCCACUGGCCAGAGCUGUCGAAGGAGUAUGACGAGAUCUCCAUGAAAAACGCCUGGAUCGAGACGUUCAAGCAUAAUGGCGAGCGCAUGAUCCCUCCUCUGAAGGUGGCCGACCGGCUGCGUUCUGCGGGCAUGGACCCGAACACUCCGCCAGGGACGUUCCAGAUGCGACCGUUGGUCUACAAGAUGUUCGUCAACCAAGUCGAGAAGCUGGGCGUCAAAGUCCAGUUCGGCAAGAGAGUUGUCGACUAUUGGGAGGACGAGGAGCGCGGGAAGGCCGGUGUCGUCACUGACCAGGGUGAGCGGUUCGAGGCCGACAUUGUCAUCGCGGCAGAUGGCGUGGGCUCAAAAUCCCAGAAGCUCGUUGGUGGCCAAGUAAGAGCCAUGAGCUCCGGCCGGGCGAUGUGGAGAGCAGCCUUCCCCAUCCACCAUUUGGAUAAGAACCCAGAGGUGAAGGAGUUCUUCAAAAUGGUCGGUGAGAAUGGUGGCGAACCCAUCAUCAGAACAUGGCUUGGCCCAGGAACAUAUGCAAUGACACUGACCCGCCCCGGAACAUGUAUCUGGAUCAUGAAUCACGACGUCACCGGAUCCGAAGAAGAGAACUGGAACCACACCGUGGAAGCCGAUGAAGUACUGACCAACAUGGACAAGGGAGUCGGUCCCACACCAUGGGCACCUAUGUUCAAGGAGCUCAUCAAGCUCACCCCUCCAAAAACCAUCAUCAACUUCGAGCUCUUCUGGCGCAACCCCCAACCAUCAUGGGCAUCCCCAUGCGGACGAGUGGUUGAGAUCGGCGAUGCCGCUCACUCUUUCCUGCCCGCCUCCGGUAACGGAGCAACACAGGCAAUCGAGGAUGCCGUCUCGCUGGCCUCGUGUCUCCAGAUCGGCGGCAAAGAGAACGUGCCACUAUCCGUCCGCACGCACGUCCGAUUCCGAUUCAUCCGGUGUUCCUGCGCGCAGAAGCUCGGAUUUUCCAACGCCGAACUGCUCCAGGACACCGACUGGAGCAAGGUCAAGUUCGACCCGAAGCGCGCGCAGCCCAAGCUGCCGAGCUGGGUCUGGGGACACGACCCCGAGUCGUACGCGUACGCCAACUACCACAAGAUGGCCGAGACCAUCAAGCAGGGGGUUCCGUUCGACCAGGUUGACUCUGUGCCCCCGAACUAUCCGCCUGGAUACAAGUACGAGCCCUGGAGCAUCGACCAGAUCAUGGAGGAUGUGCGGAACGGCAAGCCUGUUGAUCUCGGGUCUGGCAACUGGGACUAG